UGUCCUUCAAAAAAAAAAGCAAAUAUUUUGGGUACACGAAUCAAAGAAGGAAGAGGAGUUUGUUCUUUGCAUUGGGGCAUCUAUCCAUCUGGAAGAAUAAUUCAAUCUGGAAGAAAUAUUUCGUACUGUUUCAGCUCCGUAAGUGCUUUGCAAAAACCCAUUUUUGUCUUUGUUGUAUUUAAUUUGCAACCCCAAUUUGAAUUAUUAGGUUUUGGAUUGAAUAAGGUCUGGGCAAAUUAGCAAAAUGACUAAUUGGGGUUUUAAGAAAACACUUCACAGGGAUCCAUUACUAGUGUUAACAAAUCAUUGAAGUUGAUUGUUGUUGUAACUUGUUUAUAGUAGUCCACAUUGGCGAGGUUAAAUUUUCAAUCUGGAAUGUUAUAUUGGGAAAUUUGAUGAAACCCAAUAUAGGAUUUUGUGUUCCGGACCGAGCUUUUACAGCUUCCCAGGGGAGGUGGUGACUGGCGAGGAAUUGUCUUAUAGUAGGACAAUGUAGAGGAAGGUUUCAGUUUAAGAAAUUGUGGAAUUACUGGGGAAACUACGAAGAAUCGGGUAACACUGGAAUUGCUGGUGAAAUUUAAUUGCUCUUACAGCUUCCCACUAGAGGCGGUGAUUGGCGAGGAAUCGUUUGUCUUAUGGUAGGAGAAUGCAGGGGAAGGUUUCAGCUUAAGAAAGUGUAGAAUUAAUGGGGAAACCAUGAAGAAUCUGGUAAUACUGAAAUUACUGGCAAAAUUUAAGUGCUUUAUGAGACCGGAUAAGAGGAUUUAUUGUUUCGGAGCGAGCUCUUUUGGCUUUCCAGUGGAGGUGGUGGAGUUGUCUUAUGGAAGGAGAGUGCAGGGAAGGUUGCUGGCUUCGAAGUGAUGUUGAAGUAUCUACACAUUCAUGCUGGGGGAUAAGGUAAUGAGAUUUCAGUUUCUUGGGUUUGAUUUGCGGAGGGCACAAGUUUCGGAAUGACUAGUUAAGGUUCUUUGAUUCAUAAUCACAAAAAGAGAGCUAUGGAUGUUAUCUCAAGAGCAGUGAUGGUUGAAAGGAAAUUGAUCUUUGAGUUUUUAGCUCAAGCUCGAAAGUCAAAACUUUCCACUUCAGGCGACAACAGAAGUCAAGGAAACCUUACAAAGGAUUGCAUAAAAGGCCUAAAAUUGAAGAAUGACAAGAAAUAUUACUCAAUUCUAGCAUUUUCAUGCAAUGAUGGUUACAUGAAACCUAAUUUUCGAGUAACAAACCAAAAGAACUGCAGUACCAGGUCAGCUAUUGGUCAACCGAGAUACUACGUCUACAGCCCCGUUACGAAGCAUUUCAAGGUAUUGUAUAGACCUCAAGUGAAUGAACAUGGUUACCUUUGGAUUUGCAGUGCUAGCUUAGCUUUUGACCCUCUCCAAUCACCUCAUUACAAAGUUGUUUGCAUUUGGAGAAAUGAUAUGGUUAAUCAUCAUAUUGAAAUCUAUUCUUCCAGUACAGACUCUUGGUGGGUUUCUGGAUGUCCUGUGCCUGCACCUAAAAUUAUGUUCUACACUUCUGGUGUAUUUUGGAAUGGUUCAUUGCAUUGGAUAAGCUUGCGAAAUUCUUCCUUCUAUUUUGAUAUUGAUCAAGAUGUAAUAAAGGUAAUGCCAAUGCCACCUACCAAUCCUGGAAUUGAUAAAAUUAGGGUCGAGUAUUUUGGGGUCUGCCAAGGUCAUUUGAACCUUAUUCAGACGAGUGGUUCCAGCAUAACUAGAUUUGACAUCUUGGAGAUGGAGAGUGAUUACAGUGGGUGGAAUGUGAAGUAUCAUGUUAAUCUUGAAGCAUUAACAGCUUUAUACUCCGAAAGACCAGAGUUAUUGAAUCAUUCUAGAUUCUCAGUGUUACUUGUUCACGAAGAAGAAGAAUCAUCGUCAUUGGUGUUACAGAUACAAGAUAAGAUCAUUUCUUAUGAUAUCAGGAGCUGCAGGUUCAUCAAACUGCAUGAUUUAUCACAAAUUCAUGGAAAUGUCUCGAAAUUGUACCGAUAUUAUGAUGCCUAUCAAUAUAUUCCGACGCUCUCAAGCGUUUGAUUACUGUAUGCCUUUAUGUUGUGUGUGUAUAUCAAUGUACUUGUUUGAACCAAGAAGUUUGUGUACUAUUAAUGCAAUGGCUUGUGUUUUGUUCU